AAACCUCAUUUCACUCAAUCUAUUCUAUUCGUUAUUUAUUUUGAUGCAAUUGCUCUAAAAAAAUGGUAACACUCAGGAAGAAUAGCUUUCUAGCCAUCAUCUUGGUCGGAAUUCUUGCCGGAUUCCUGCCGCACACCAUCGUCGGUCAAAACUGCGGCUGUGCAGAGAACCUUUGUUGUAGCCGGUGGGGAUUCUGCGGCACAAGCGACGAAUAUUGUGGUGCUGGAUGUCAGGCCGGCCCAUGCAACGUCCCACCACCCACUAACGAUGUCUCUGUAGCCGACAUCGUGACGCCGGAAUUCUUCAAUGGAAUCAUUAAUCAGGCGGAUGGAGGAUGCGCAGGCAAGAACUUCUACUCGCGGUCUGUCUUCUUUGAGGCCCUCAACUCCUACCCUCGAUUCGGGAAGGUCGGGACUAUAGAUGAUUCAAAGCGUGAGAUUGCAGCCUUCUUCGCACACGCCACGCAUGAGACUGGACAUUUUUGCUACAUCGAGGAGAUAGAUGGCCCAUCCAAGGACUACUGCGACGAAGACAACACUCAGUACCCAUGCGUCGCAGGGAAGGGUUACUACGGCCGCGGUCCGAUCCAGUUGUCAUGGAACUACAACUACGGGCCCGCCGGACAGAGCAUUGGAUUUGAUGGACUGAAUGCUCCGGAAACAGUGGCCAACGAUCCCAUCGUAUCAUUCAAGACCGCUUUGUGGUAUUGGAUGAACAACGUCCAUUCGAUCAUAACUUCUGGCCAAGGGUUUGGGCCCACCAUCCGAGCCAUCAACGGUGCACUCGAAUGCGAUAACCGGAACCCAGCAACUGUUCGUGCACGUGUUGAGUAUUACACGGAUUACUGUAAGCAACUAGGGGUUGCACCAGGCGACAACCUAACUUGUUAGAAAGCUAUGUAAACAUUUUCUUUUCUUUUAAUAGUAACGACAUGAAAAUAAUUUGAAAGAAAUAAAUCAUAUAAUAAAAUAAUGAGUUGUAUGUUGUAUUA